AUGCGUUCCACGCGCCUCAAUACCAUUGACUUUUUCGGAGUGGGGUUCGAGGGAAAGUGGGUGGAUGAGGGCUCAGCCAGGGUGGGCGCCAAAAAAUGCGCCGAUUUCACCCGUCGAUUAAGAUGGUACUUUGGACGGGUACGCCGAGCAGAGGCCGAGAAGGCUUUGCAGCAGGCCGAGGGCGGAAGCGGCGUCUUUUUGGUGCGCGAGAGCGAGAGCCGACACAACGAAUUGUCGCUAUCCGUUCGCGAGGUCGACUCGGUGAAGCACUACCGCAUCCGCUCCCUCGACCAGGGCGGCGUGUUCAUCGCCCGCCGCCGCCCAUUCCCCACCCUCAACGAGCUGAUCAGCCACUACCAAUUGGACGCUGACGGUCUUUGUGUUGCCCUCACAACGCCUUGCCCCAAAACAGACCUACCGCAGACCUCAACGUUUACAUACGACGAUCAAUGGGAAGUUGAUCGGCGGACCGUGAAGUUGAUCAGACAAAUUGGGGCCGGUCAAUUUGGAGAGGUGUGGGAAGGACGGUGGAAUAACAAUGUGGCCGUGGCGGUGAAGCGACUGCGAUCCGGCGCCGCCGACCCGUCCGACUUUUUGGCCGAGGCGCAGAUUAUGAAGAAGCUCAAACAUCCUCGUCUACUGCAGUUGUACGCCGUCUGCACCAGGGAGCAGCCCAUAUUGAUUGUCACCGAGCUGAUGAGCGAGAACUUGCUCCACUAUUUACAGGGCCGAGGUCGUCCGAGCCCCGCCGAGGCACAGCUCCGCCAACAAAUUCGCCAGCUCGUCGAUAUGGCCGCACAGGUUGCAUCCGGGAUGGGCUACCUCGAGUCGAAGAACUUUAUCCACCGCGACCUGGCGGCCCGAAAUAUCCUCGUCUCGCACGCGAACGCCGUCAAGAUUGCCGAUUUCGGGCUGGCGAGGCUGUUGCUGAAGGAGGCCGAGUACGAAGCACACCCCGGCGCACGGUUCCCAAUUAAGUGGACAGCCCCCGAGGCCGCCAACUUCAACAAGUUCACCACCAAGUCGGACGUAUGGAGCUUCGGCAUUCUUCUCACCGAGAUGGUGACGUUUGGACGGAUACCGUACCCAGGGAUGACGAAUGCGGAAGUGUUGCAACAAGUCGAGCAGGGCUACCGCAUGCAGUGUCCGCCGAAUUGCCCGCCCCCGCUCUACGAUAUUAUGCUUCAGUGCUGGCGUGCCGAUCCGGAGAAGCGGCCGACGUUCGAGACGCUGGAAUGGCGACUGGAGGAGCUGUUCUCCGCCGAUGGCUCCGAAUAUAAAGAAGCGGCCCUUUCCUAU